GACCAUGGCCAACAGUGAGCGCACCUUCAUCGCCAUCAAGCCUGAUGGGGUCCAGCGCAGCCUCGUGGGAGAGAUCAUCAAGCGUUUUGAGCAGAAGGGAUUUCGCCUUGUUGCUAUGAAAUUCAUGCAUGCUUCUGAAGACCUUCUCAAGGAACACUACAUCGACCUGAAGGACCGUCCAUUCUUUGCCGGCCUGGUGAGAUACAUGCACUCAGGGCCAGUGGUUGCCAUGGUCUGGGAGGGGCUGAAUGUUGUGAAGACAGGCCGAGUGAUGCUCGGAGAGACCAACCCUGCGGACUCCAAGCCUGGGACCAUCCGUGGGGAUUUUUGCAUCCAAGUUGGCAGGACCAUGGCCAACACGGAGCGCACCUUCAUCGCCAUCAAGCCGGACGGCGUGCAGCGCAGCCUAGUGGGCGAGAUCAUCAAGCGCUUCGAGCAGAAGGGAUUCCGCCUCGUGGCCAUGAAGUUACUCCAGGCCUCUGAGGAACUCCUGAAGCAGCACUACAUUGACCUGAAAGACCGCCCGUUCUACCCCGGGCUGGUGAAGUACAUGAACUCGGGGCCCAUUGUGGCCAUGGUCUGGGAGGGGCUGAAUGUGGUGAAGACAGGGCGAGUGAUGCUUGGGGAGACCAAUCCAGCAGAUUCUAAGCCGGGCACCAUUCGAGGGGACUUCUGCAUUCAAGUUGGCAGGAACAUCAUUCAUGGCAGUGAUUCAGUAAAAAGUGCUGAGAAAGAAAUCAGCCUAUGGUUUAAGCCUGAAGAAUUGGUUGACUACAAGUCUUGUGCUUUUGACUGGAUCUACGAGUAAGGUGGACAAGGCAUCAGUCCCCGCGGGCACAGCUUGACGUGUCCCUGGACACAGCUCUUCGUUCCACUGACUUGGAAGCAAGAGGAUCCAUCUUUCUUUUCUAAAGCAUGUUUACCAAUAAAGCCUUUGGAAACUGG